GAGAGACCCGGCAGCUCGGAGUCACACGGAGCUGCUGCCUCGUCUGCUCGCCUGUUGUUUGUCUUCCUCCGUGCGUCGGACAACUUUCCCAUCGUUUCGCAAGAAGUGAGGAUCACGGUCCAUUGUUUGAUAUUUGUAUUGGCCAAAUAGGAUGUGCUGGAGGAUUAUUCAACAGCGAGCAGUCACAGUCCAAUGACCCCUUCCAGGGGUUAAGCUGUGGAACAAUGAAGACGGGCUCACAAAUCCGCCUGUUGCUGUGGAAAAACUGGACUCUCCGCAAAAGGCAGAAGAUCCGCUUCCUGGUCGAGAUCUGCUGGCCGCUGUUGCUGUUCAUUGGCCUGGUGUGGCUGAGAAAAGCCAAUCCACUGUACCAGCAACAUGAAUGCCAUUUCCCCAACAAGGCGAUGCCGUCGGCAGGAAUCCUGCCCUGGAUCCAGGGCAUCUUCUGCAACGCCAACAACCCCUGCUUCAGGUAUCCAACCAGAGGAGAGUCUCCAGGCGUCGUCUCCAACUACAACAACUCCGUGUUGGCACGGUUCUAUGUUGAUGCCCAGCAGCUUCUGCUCAACGACUCCGAGGUCCAGCAGCUCGGCCGACUUUGGCAUGAAGUGUCCUCCUUCUCCAGCUUCAUGGACACGUUGCGCAACAACCCGUCCGUGGUGUCAGGCCGCGGGCUCAAGAUCGACGACAUUCUGAAGGAUGAUGAGGUUCUCACGUCCUUCCUGCUGCGAGACGUCAGCCUGUCGGACUCGCUCGUCCACCAGCUUGUCAGCGCAGAAAUACGACUGGAGCAGUUUUCCUCCGGGAUCCCGGACCUGCAGCUCAAAGACAUCGCGUGCAGCCAGGCCUUGCUGGAGCGCUUCCUCAUCUUUCCCAGUCGAAUGGGGCUCCACGGCGUCCGAAAUGCCAUGUGUGCCUUCAGCCAGCAGAGGCUGCAGGAGAUAGAGGACGUCCUCUACGCCAACCUGGACUUUUUCAAGAUCUUCAAACUGAUGCCUCAGGUUAUGGACUCAAGCUCAGAGGGGAUUGACCUCCACUUCUGGGGCCAGGUCCUUAAGGCCGUGUCAGAGAAGAUCCAAAUUCUGAUGCAGAGGGACAGCGCCCAGGAGCUCCUCAGGGCGGCCGCCUCCCUGUUCCGCGCCGGGGGUCCGGCCUCGUUCACCGAGCUCCUGUCCAGCGCGUCCGCUCUCUUCUGUGGGUACCCGGAGGGGGGCGGCUCCCGCGUCCUGUCCUUCAACUGGUACGAGGACAACAACUACAAGGUGUUUCUGGGCGUCAACAGCACCAAGAACCACAACUACGUCUACGAUGACACCACCACUCCGUUCUGCAACGCCCUCAUGCAGAACCUGGAGUCCAACCCUGUCACCAAGAUCGUGUGGAAUUCAGUCAAGCCCCUGCUGAUGGGAAAGAUCCUGUACACGCCCGACUCCCCCGCUGUCCGCAAGAUAUUAAAGAGCGCAAACACGACGUUUGAGGAGCUGGAGAGGCUCCAGAACAUGGCCAGGGCCUGGGAGGAGGUGGGCCCCCAGCUCUGGGCCUUCUUUGACAGCAGCGUCCAGAUGAACAUGAUCAGGGACACCCUGCGGAACCCGACGGUGAUGCACUUCAUGGACAGCAGCCUCCAGGACACGAACUUUACCACCGAAGACAUUCUCAACUUUCUGUACAACGGCCCAGAGGACCGGAGGGCGGCGGACAUGCCGAACCUGGACUGGAGGAACGUUUUCAACGCCACCGACCAGAUCCUCCGCACGUUCAUCCGCUACGGAGAGUGCAUCAGCUUGGACAAGUUCGUGCCUCACACGGACGAGUCGCAGAUGAUCCACCAGGCGCUGCACCUGCUGGAGCACAACAAGUUCUGGGCCGGCGUGGUCUUCAUGGACAUGUACCCUUGGACCGCCGGCGUUCCUCCGCACGUCAAGUACAAGAUCCGCAUGGACAUCGACGCGGUGGAGCGCACCAAUAAGAUCAAAGACAGGUACUGGGACCCCGGGCCCAGAGCGGACCCCGUGGAGGACCAGCGGUACAUCUGGGGAGGCUUCGCCUACCUGCAGGACAUGAUCGAACACGGCGUCGUGAAGCUGCACACGGGCGCCGACCGGCCGCUCGGCCUCUACCUGCAGCAGAUGCCGUAUCCGUGCUACGUGGACGACCUCUUCAUGAUCACGCUGAACCGCUGCUUCCCCAUGUUCAUGGUGCUGGCCUGGAUUUACUCCGUGUCCAUGACUGUGAAGAGCAUCGUGCUGGAGAAGGAGCUGCGCCUCAAGGAGACCCUGAAGGCGAUGGGGGUCGGCAGCGGGGUCAUGUGGUACACGUGGUUCAUCGACAGCUUCGUCGUGAUGACUGCCAGCACGGCGCUGCUCACCUGCAUCAUCAUGGGAGGGAAGGUGCUGAACUACAGCAACCCCGUGCUGGUCUUCUUCUUCCUGCUCACCUUCACCGUCGCCACCAUCAUGCAGUGCUUCCUGAUGAGCGUGUUCUUCAACAAGGCCAACCUGGCGGCCGCCUGCAGUGGCGUCGUCUACUUCACGCUGUACCUGCCUCACGUCCUCUGCUUCGCCUGGCAGGACCGCAUCACCAGGAACAUGAAGCUGGCGGCGAGCCUGCUGUCGCCGGUGGCCUUCGGGUUCGGGACCGAGUAUCUGUCGCGGUACGAGGAGCAGGGUCUGGGCCUGCAGUGGGACAACAUCGGGACCAGCCCGCUGGAGAAGGACUCCUACUCCUUCCUCACCUCUGUGCUCAUGAUGGCGUUUGACGGCGUCCUGUACGCCGCGCUGACCUGGUACCUGGACAACGUCUUCCCAGGACAAUAUGGCAUCGGGCGUCCUUUCUACUUCCCAUUGCAGCCUUCAUACUGGCAGACACCGGCACCCUCACCAACGGACGUGGCUGAUCAGGGAGCCGAGAGGCCUGAACCUGAGAACACAGAGAAGGACAUUGAGAGCAGGGGCACGCCGGAGACCAACACCUGCAACGGCACCAGCAGGAAAGCGUGCAAGCACCAGAGCAAAAGGGAGCGACUGCAGAGGGAGAAGGAGCUGCUGAGGCAUCAGGAGGAGAGCCCCCAUCACGAAGAGCAGUGUCAGGACUCGGGGAAGGAAGUCCCGCUGUUUUUCGAGCCGGAGCCCGUGGGCCUGAGGAGGGGCGUGCAGAUCCUGGAGCUGACCAAGGCGUUCCCAGGAGGCUCCCGUCCGGCCGUCAACUGCCUCAGCAUCAGCUUCUACCAGGACCAGAUCACGUCGUUUCUGGGCCACAACGGCGCUGGAAAAACCACAACCAUGUCCGUCCUCACCGGCCUGUAUCCUCCCACAUCGGGCACGGCCCUCAUCAACGGACGAGACAUCCGCACGGACAUGGACGUCAUCCGCGCCUCCAUGGGCAUGUGUCCUCAGUACAACAUUCUUUUCAAACACCUCACGGUAGAGGAGCACAUCCUGUUCUACUCGCUGCUGAAGGGCCGGACGCGGGCCGAGGCGGAGAGGGAGGUCGAGGACAUGCUGGUGGACCUGCAGCUGCCGCACAAGCGGGACGACGAGGCUCAGAACCUCUCAGGAGGCAUGCAGAGGAAGCUGUCCGUUGCCAUGGCGUUCGUCGGCGGCUCGAAGGUGGUGAUCCUGGACGAGCCCACCUCCGGAGUGGACCCCUAUUCCAGACGCUCUAUCUGGGACCUUCUAUUGAAAUACAGAGCUGGUCGCACCGUCAUCCUGUCCACCCACCACAUGGACGAGGCCGACCUGCUCAGCGACCGCAUCGCCAUCAUCUCCAAAGGACAGCUCCACUGCUGCGGGUCCCCCCUGUUCCUCAAGAACUGCUUCGGCGUGGGCUUCUACCUGACGCUGGUGCGCCGCAUCAGGGAGCUGAGGAAAGGCGAGAACGACUGCGACUGUGCCUCCGACUGCGACUGUUCCUGCUCCAUCUGCACCCGGUACAAGGAUCAGUCCCAGAACCAGUCGCAGGCUCUGGACAGAGUUCUGGAUGGGGACGUCGACAGCAUCAGCAGCCUCAUCCGCCACCACGUCCCGGAAGCGAAGCUGAUCGAGACCAUCGGGCAGGAGCUGACCUACCUGCUGCCCAACAGAGGCUUCAAGCACCGCGCCUACGCCAGUCUGUUCCGGGAGCUGGAGGAGACGCUGGGCGACAUGGGCCUCAGCAGCUUCGGCAUCUCCGACACGUCGCUGGAGGAGAUAUUCAUAAAGGUCACCGCGGACGGAGAGGCAGAGAAUAAUGCCACCACUCCUGAGCAGUGGAUGUUACAGCGGAGGAAAAAUGACAGCAGCGUCGGUGUAGAGGGAGAUGAAGAUCAGAACGGCGUGGACGGCGCCGCUCGCGCCGCCUCGGACGGCGGCGGCGGGAAGGCGUCGCGGCAGGUGAAAGGCGUCCGUCUGACCCUGAAGCAGUUCCACGCGCUGCUGGUGAAGCGCGUGCACCACGCCACCAGGAGCCACAAGGACUUCCUGGCGCAGGUCGUGCUUCCUGCCAGCUUCGUUCUCAUCGCGCUGCUGUUCACCACGGUCGUGCCCCCGUUCGGCGAGUACCCCAGUCUGACCCUCAGCCCCUGGAUGUAUGGACAGCAGUUCACCUUCUUCAGCAACGAGCAGCCGUUUCACCCCAAAAUGAGACGCUUCACGGAGCAGCUGUUGAACCCACCGGGCCUGGGGACGCGCUGCAUGGAGGGGGAGCCCGUCGGUUUGCCCUGUGGUAACGCGUCCUCCGCGUGGGAGAGUCCAGACGUCGCCCCUGCGCUCAGCAACGUCCUCCUGAGCCCCGAGUGGACCCAGCAGAACCCGUCCCCCUCCUGCCAGUGCAGCAGCAGUCAGAAGCUGACCAUGAUGCCCAUCUGCCCUGCCGGCGCCGGCGGCGUCCCGCCUCGCCAGCGCACCGAGGCCACGGGCGACACCAUGCUGGACCUGACGGAGCGGAACAUCUCCGACUACCUGGUCAAAACCUACCCCAGUCUCAUCAGAACCAGUUUGAAGAGCAAAUACUGGGUGAAUGAACAAAGGUACGGAGGCCUGUCGGUGGGAGGACGACUCCCCGUCCUGGACCUGGACCCCACACACAUCCAGGACGCCCUCCGUCAGCUGGGCCGGCUGCUCAACGUCACAGGGGGCCCGGCGUCCGGACGCGCGCUGGGGGACAUCGGCCCGUUCCUACGAUACAUGGAGAGUGAGUUCAACGUGAAGGUGUGGUACAACAACAAGGGCUGGCACGCGGCCGUGGCCUUCAUGAACGUGGCCCAUAACGCCGUCCUGCGCGCCGCCCUGCCCUGGAACGCAGACCCCGCCCACUACGGCAUCACCGCCGUCAACCACCCGCUGAACCUCACCAAGGAGCAGCUCUCCGAGGUCACAGUGCUGACCACGUCGGUGGACGCGGUGGUGGCCAUCUGUGUGAUUUUCGCCAUGUCCUUCAUCCCGGCCAGCUUCGUCCUCUACCUCAUCCAGGAGCGCGUGACCAAGGCCAAGCACCUGCAGCUGGUCAGUGGGGUCAGCCCUCUGGUCUACUGGGUGGCCAGCUUCUUCUGGGACAUGAUCAACUACGCCCUCUGCGCCGCCAUGGUGGUCGGCAUUUUCCUGGCUUUCGACAAGAAGUGCUACACGUCGCCGGCCAACCUGCCGGCGCUGGUGGCGCUGCUGCUGCUCUACGGGUGGUCGGUGACGCCCAUGAUGUACCCCAUGUCCUACCUGUUCAGCGUCCCCAGCACGGCGUACGUCUCUCUGUCCUGCAUCAACCUGUUCAUAGGCAUCAACAGCAGCGCCGUCACCUUCAUCCUGGAGCUCUUCGAAAACAACCGGUCUCUGUUAAGGUUCAACGAGUGGCUGAAGAAAGGCCUGCUGGUGCUGCCUCACUUCUGCCUGGGGCGCGGGCUCAUCGACAUGGCCAUGAACCAGGCUGUGAACGACGUGUACGCCAGGUUUGGUGAAGAGCACUCAGCCGACCCGUUCCGAUGGGACUUUGUGGGGAAGAACGUGGCCUUCAUGGCGGUGGAAGGCUUCGUCUACUUCACACUCAACCUCCUCAUCCAGUACCGCUUCUUCUUGGACCACUGGUUGUCCGACUGCAAGCGGCCCCCGAUACGAGACGAGGACGAGGACGUGGCAGCAGAAAGACAGAGGAUCUACGACGGAGGGAGCAGGACGGACAUCCUGCAGAUCAGAGACCUGUCCAAGACCUAUGUGGGCAGGAAGAGGGCAGCUGUGGACAGGAUUUGUGUAGGAGUCCCUGCAGGAGAGUGUUUCGGGCUCCUGGGAGUGAACGGCGCUGGGAAGACGACAACCUUCAAAAUGCUGACGGGCGACACUGACGUCUCCUCGGGCGAGGCCAGCGUGGCCGGUUACAGCAUCCUGAGGGAGAUCCUGGACGUGCACCAGAACAUGGGCUACUGCCCCCAGUUCGACGCCAUCGACGAGCUGCUCACCGGCAGGGAGCACCUCUACCUCUACGCUCGUCUCCGAGGGGUGCCGGAGGCGGAGGUCCCGCGGGUGGCGGAGUGGGGCGUCCGGAAGCUGGGCCUGGCCGAGUACGCCGGCCGCUGCGCCGGAACCUACAGCGGCGGCAACAAGCGCAAGCUCUCCACCGCCAUCGCCAUGAUCGGCUGCCCGCCGCUGGUGCUGCUGGACGAGCCCACGACGGGGAUGGACCCUCACUCGCGCCGCUUCCUGUGGAACGCCAUCAUCAGCGUGAUCCAGGACGGCCGGGCCGUGGUGCUGACGUCACACAGCAUGGAGGAGUGCGAGGCCCUGUGCACUCGGCUGGCCAUCAUGGUCAACGGGACCUUCAAGUGUCUGGGAACCAUCCAGCAUCUCAAAUACAAGUUCGGCGACGGCUACGUGGUGACCGUGAAGGUCCGCGCGGCCAAAGCGGGCUCGCCGCCGCCGCUGGAGCCCGUGGAGGGCUUCAUGGAGAGCUGCUUCCCCGGCUGCGUGCAGCGCGAGCGGCACCACAACACGCUGCAGUACCACAUCGCCUCCUCCUCACUGGCCCGGAUCUUCCAGCUGGUUCUGGCCAACAAGGAGCGGCUCGGCAUCGAGGACUACACCGUGUCCCAGACCACGCUGGACCAGGUGUUCGUGAACUUCGCCAGGCAGCAGACGGGGGAGGACGAGGACGCUGGUUCACUGAGAGCGGGGGCGGCGAGGAAGGAGGUCAAGGUGUCGCCGGUGACGAGGAAAGUGUGAGGAGGGUCAUUCACAGCAUCCACAACCAGUGAGACUGGAUGAGACCAUGUGCAGCAGAGGCUGAUUUUAUGAACAGAAACCUUUUCUCUCUCGUUAAUAUCUGUGUGUUUGAACGUGUAAACUGAUGCUCAUACCUCCCAUGUUCUACAUUACGACGACGCAUCGUUUCAUGUCUUCCGUCCACAUGAAUGGAAGCCUUGUUUACUGUAAUGUCACCUUCUUCCUGUGUCCAAGCAGAAUGUUCCUCGUAUAAUAUGAGAAAAGAACUAGGUUGCAGACGCAUAUAGAUGUAAAUAAAGAUGAAUUCUAUUUUGUAUCUGACAAAUAAACCUUUAACAUACUUUA